AACACUGAACCCUCUGACCCCAAAAAAAGCGCGCGAAAUGCCAGAGCUACCGGAGGUGGAGGCGGCCCGGCGGGCCAUACACGACAACUGCGUGGGGAAGAAGAUCACCAAAGCAAUCGUCGCCGAGGACUCGAAAGUCAUCGACGGAGUGUCGCACGCGGAUUUCGAGGCCUCGCUGUUGGGGAAGACCAUCGUCUCCGCCAACCGCAAGGGCAAGAACAUGUGGCUAGAACUCGACUCUCCUCCUUUCCCUUCCUUCCAAUUCGGAAUGGCGGGUGCUGUGUAUAUCAAAGGAGUUGCAGUUACCAAAUACAAGAGGUCUGCUGUGAAGGACACUGAUGAGUGGCCUUCCAAAUAUUCUAAGGUCUUUGUCCAACUGGAUGAUGGUCUGGAGUUCUCAUUCACUGACAAGAGGCGAUUUGCAAAAGUCCGCCUGCUCAAAGAUCCAACUUCUGUGCCCCCCAUCUCUGAGCUCGGGCCUGAUGCUCUCUUGGAGCCAAUGACUGAAGAUGUACUCUUUGCAUCAUUAAGCAAGAAGAAAAUAUCAAUUAAGGCUCUAUUGCUUGAUCAGAGCUUUAUAUCAGGAAUUGGCAAUUGGGUUGCUGAUGAAGUACUAUACCAAGCUAGAAUUCAUCCGGAACAAAGUUCUGCCACCCUGUCCAAAGAAUGUGUCGAAGCUUUACACAAAAGCAUCAAGGAGGUUAUUGAAUUUGCUGUCCAAGUUGAUGCUGAAUCUAUCCACUUCCCCCGUGAAUGGUUGUUUCAUUUUCGCUGGGGCAAAAGGCCUGGAAAAGUUAAUGGGAAGAAAAUUGAGUUUAUCACAGUUGGUGGCAGGACUUCAGCGUUUGUACCAGAGCUUCAGAAGUUAACUGGAAAUCAGGUUGCCAAAGCAGGAAGUAAACAAACUAAUAAGAUUAUUGAUGAUGUCGAUGAAGAAGCAAGUUCCGAAGAAGCCAAGGGAACUGCCAAAUCUAAGAAGGGGAGGAAGCCUGGAGGUCAGGUCAAGAGGUCUACAGCAAGAAAAUCUAAAGGUACUGAUGAUGAAGGCAAUGAUGGUGAUGAUUCUGCUAAUGAUGUCGAUCAUGAAGACAAUGAUGAUUCUGCUGAUGAAGAUGUAAAGAAGAAAACAAGAAAGGCGCCAGCUAAUAGGCAGUCCAAGGCAGAGGCAACAUCCAAGAAAAAGGCGCAGACCAGUCAGAACAGUAAACCAAGGAAGAGAGCAAAGUAGAUUCUGACUUUAAUUCCUAGCCCAGUAAGUCGUCAGUAAUUUUUGAGUGCACGACCUCAUUCAGGUAUGGUAACUCAGUUAGUCGCAAUCAAUUUUUGUUCUGUAUCUGGGCUUAAUUCCAGCUAAUGUGGAUAAACUAAUGACUGCCAUCAUGUAUUAUAUGCUAAACUGUGGUCGGGAUAGGUACCUGUCUCUUCAAUUCCACCUUGAAAGAGGAACUUCUAUCAGUUUAUGAAAUUUACUGCACAUGAGGCAGGUCUUAAUG